AUGAUUUUGGCCUCUUCAAUCUGUCUUGAUUUGAUACAGGCGAUUGCCUUAUAUUUCGUCAAGGAAUAUCACUGUGAAGCAUCAAUUUUGAACGUCUCUUCAAUUGCUGGAAAAGCAUUGCUUCUGAUUCUCGAGUCUCAGAGCAAGCGUCAUAUUCUUCGUGAGGAAUGGCAGAAUUGGUCUUUGGAGGAAACCGAGAGUGCUUUUAGCAUUGCUUUCUAUUGGUGGGUGAAUUCUUUACUGCGAAAGGGACGAUCCAAGCUCCUUGAGCUUGAUAGCCUUUCAUCCAUUCCACGUGCAUUAUCAUCUACUACUCUGAGAGAGAGAAUGAGGACGUGUUGGGAGAGUCGAUCAAAACCAGAGAAGAGAUAUGCGCUUGCAUGGGCACUGACGCAGUGUACAAUGUGGGAACACUUGCGAGCUAUUCCUUAUAUGCUGGUUGCAACUUCCCUUCGGUAUGCACAACCGGUGGUCAUAUCACGUUUAAUCCGCUUUGUCAGUGAUCCUCCGGUCGAGAGUCAGCGCCGGCUUGAGGGGGUCAAGUUGGUUGUUUCAGUCAUCGUGAUAUACGUUGGUCUAGCUACGAUGGACAGCCGUAGAGACAAUGCGAAGCGCAGAGUUACGGUUGCAGCCAAGGGCUCACUGAUUGGCAUCAUCCACGACAAAGCUUUACGAUCCAGAGACGACGACAGCUCUGCAAUUACACUGAUAGGCAAUGACGUGGAAGAUGUACAGAUGUCCAUGGGAUGGUUCCAUGUUCUCUGGUCUUCUCUUCUGUCACUGGCCUUUGGCUUGUACCUACUAAGCUCCAAACUCGGCUGGGCUAGCCUAGUUCCUGUCGUUUUAGUAUUGAUAACUUCACAGUGUGGAAAAUAUGUGUCUCGGAAUUUUGUGUCCAAGCAGCGAGCGUGGAGCGAUGCGACCCAAAAAAGGAUCGACCUCAUCAAGACAGUUCUACAGAGCUUGAAAAGCAUUAAAAUGAUGGGAUUCACUCGUGAGAUGGAAGCAAAAGCCGAGGUGGCACGAGAUGAUGAGCUAUCUGCGGGAUUGGCCACAUAUUGGCUGGAUGUUUGUCUAGCGGGUUGUGCGAGUUUUCUGAAUGUCGUUGGUCCUGCCAUCACGUUUGUGGUCUAUACUAUAUUGGCCAAAAUGACUGGCAAUGCACCUCUUGACACAGAUCGAGUCUUCACUUCCUUUGCUCUAAUCCAAAUGGUUACGUUACCAGCAAACUCGAUUCUUUUUAUUCUGCCAGACUUCAUAGCUGCCAUUGCCGGCUUUGACAGAAUACAGAAGUAUCUGCUAGAGCCUGACCAUACAGACGAUCGUGCUCUGCAUUGGGAUGCAACAACCGUGUCUACAUCUGAAAGCACCCAGAAGUUGGACCAACCAGUGUCUUCGGAAUCCAUGAGCUCCAGCAAUGAAGGCACUGCUGUUUUGAUUAACGACGCAACAUUCCGGUAUUGCUCUGGAAAUCGCCCGAUUUUGGAUCAUGUUAAUUUACAGGUCGAAUCUGGGUCACUUGUCGCCGUUACUGGCGUAAUUGGAUCAGGAAAGACCACCCUUGCCAGGAUCAUUCUAGGCGACCUCUCACUUGACAGUGGAACAAUCUCCACUUCUUCAAAGCACAUGGCCUUCUGUGCUCAGACCCCAUGGUUGCGCAGUGGCACCAUACGAGAGAUCAUAGCUGGCGGACCAAGCGCUGCUAUAGAAGAUGAGAAGUGGUACCAAAAGGUACUCCACGCUUGUGACCUUCAGUACGAUGUUAUAAAGCUACCACAAGGAGACAAAACUCUCGUUGGAUCUGGGGGGAUCUCACUUUCAGGUGGCCAAAGGCAACGAGUGGCUCUUGCAAGAGCUGUUUACUCUGAGCUAGACACUCUCAUUUUGGAUGAUGUGCUCAGUGCCCUGGACUCAGCUACAACCGACCGGAUAAUGCGAAGGCUAGUGGGUCCGUCUGGAUUACUUCGCGAGCUGAAGAGGACGGUUAUUCUUAUUACACAUGCGACAAAACGACUGGAUCCUUUCGAUCGAAUUAUCACUCUGGGUAUAGAUGGUUCUAUCUCCGAGCAAAGAUCCUUCAAGGAAAUCGACCCGCCUACCAGUGCAAAUUUCCAGGAAGACACAGAAAUGAUCGAUCACCAGCCAGAAUCUGGUCAAGAGAGCCCCGUUCUGGCGACCAAACCCCCAGUGCCCGAAAUAUCCAUGCAGGAUGUCCGCAAGAUUGGAGACAGCAGCAUUUACCAAUUUUAUGUUCGCGCAAUUGGAAAAUGGAGGGUAUUGAUAGUGGUUAUGAUCAUGAUAUCUUCUGCAAGCUUUGCGAUGCUGAUCCAGAACUGGCUUCGCUGGUGGACAGCCGAUAAGGAAUCUGGAAAGCGAACUGGGCUCUAUCUUUCACUUUAUUGUUUGUUUUCUGUUGGACACUGGCUAUCCUUGACUGCAAUCAGUACUGUUGCAUUACUGAUCGUGCCUUCAUCAGGCCGUGUUUUACAUGGCCAGCUCUUGCGAACGGUGCUGAACGCUCCGUUGUCUUUUAUCACAUCGAGUGAUAUCGGAACCACCCUGUCGAGGUUUAGUCAGGACAUGAAGCAGGUCGAUCGCCGUCUGCCAAGUCAGGUCACUGGACUUGGAAGUCAAGCAUUCAAGCUGCUCGCACAAAUGCUCCUGCUCUACACAGCACAAACCUACAUGCUGACGACAUUCCCCAUACUUGUGGUUGUUAUAUACCUCAUUCAAAAGAUCUACUUGUACACCAGUCGUCAGCUCAGAUGGCUAACAAUGGAGGCCAACGCUCUACCCAGUAACAGCCUUCUGGAGACCGUGCAAGGAAUUACGACAAUCCGCGCGUUUGGUUGGGAGGACUCUUAUAUCCUGGACAACAGUGAAGCACUGGACACUUCCCAGAAGCCGUCUUACAUUCUACUUGCGGCCGAACAAUGGCUUGCAUUGGUAUUAGACUUGAUUGUUGCAGCAGUGGCAUUCAUAAAUGCCCUUCUUAUCGUCACUCGCAAGGAUGUGACGCCUGGUGAGGUUGGCAUCAGCAUGAAUGUGAUUUUGUCAGUCAACCUUGUCCUACUUGUGACUGUUCAGUCAUGGGCGAACUUUGAUGCGUCUCUCGGUGUCAUAUCACGCAUCAAGGAGUUCACAUCGACUGUUCAUCCAGAGCCUCAAUCACAAACGGAGUGCUUGAUUCCGAAGUCAUGGCCGUCCGAAGGUGCUGUCAGUAUGAAGAAUGUCGUCGCACGCUAUGCCACAGUGGAAGAUCCCGCCUUGACGGCGGCUAAUGCUAUUGAUAAUGUUUCUUUGGACAUAUCAACUGGUCAGAGAGUCGGAAUUUGCGGUCGAACCGGGAGUGGAAAAUCGUCCUUGCUGCUUACCCUCCUGCGCUUCCUUGACCCUUCUGAGGGUGUCAUCACGAUUGAUGAUGUGGAUACAGCAUCAGUACCACACGAUAGAGUUCGAUCGUCCCUAAUCACAAUCCCACAAGAUACUUUUUUUCUCAUGGGUGACUCUAUUCGAAACAAUCUUGAUUUUUCAGGGACAGCCCCCGACAACGAAAUUAUCGCGGCCCUUAAGAAGGUUCAUCUCCCACUGGAACCACUCGCGGAGAAUGCCGGGCUUACAACAAGUCUAUAUCUGGAUCUGCCGAUGAAGGAAUGGCCAUUAUCCCAAGGCCAAAUGCAGCUGUUCUCACUCGGUCGGGCCCUUCUGCUACGUUCAUCUCGAGGAAAGGUUCUUCUUCUUGAUGAGGCGACUAGUAACAUUGACCUGGAGACUGAUAGACUUGUGCAGAAAGUCAUUCGUGAGGAGUUUCAUGGCUACACAGUCAUUAUGAUAGCACAUCGGCCAGAGACUGUUUCUGAUGCAGAUUCAAUUGUUACGAUGGAUCAGGGGCACAUCGUAGAAAAGCUGAUCGAUUACGACGGGUGA